AUGCUCUACGUUCCAAGGAUGACCGAGGGUCUUUCCAUUGGAGUCUCUGAGACGGUAAGUCCCCGAUCGCUGGAUGCCGAUGAUCUCGUAAGGUCCUUCCCAGGAAGGUCCGAGGGUUCCUUCCUUGGAAUCCUUAGUUGCCAUGGAGACUUUUCGCAUGACCCAAUCUUCGACUCGGAACGAGCGGGAUCUGACCCUGGAGUCAUAGUACCGAGAGACGCGCUGCUUGUAAGCUUCAUUCCGAAGGUUGGCUUGUGCUCUGCGUUCUUCGAUCAGGUCGAGGCUCAAGGCGAGCGCCUCCUCAUUCGCCUAUGGUGUGAAAGCUUCCGUUCGGUAGGAGGGCUCUCCGACUUCCACUGGGACUACCGCUUCCGAACCAAAAACCAUGGAGAACGGUGUUUCUCUGGUUGCCGUUCGGUAGGAUGUCUGGAUAGCCCAUAA